AUGCCACAGUGGCAAUGGAAGGAGAGUUUUGAUGAAGAAACCGAGGUCCAAUUCGGUGACGUCUACUGGGAAAAUAUCUAUCAUCGAGUCAGCAGUUUCAUGCACUACAAGCACGAUCGCGCCUCCCCCUAUUUGAUGGGCACGCAACAACGCGAACGGGUCAAUAGGAGCGCGGAUUCCACGUUGGGGAUGAAUGGCCGCGACGCGUGA